AUGAGGAAGCCUCGAAGGAGAUCACGGCAGAAUGCCGAAGGCAGGCGUUCUCCAUCCCCUUAUAGCCUCAAGUGCUCCCCAACUCGAGAAACACUGACUUAUGCUCAGGCACAGCGGAUUGUGGAAGUGGACAUCGAUGGACGACUGCACCGAAUCAGCAUCUAUGACCCUCUGAAAAUCAUCACUGAGGAUGAGCUGACGGCUCAGGAUAUCACCGAAUGUAAUAGCAACAAAGAAAAUAGUGAACAGCCUUUGUUUCCUGGCAAGUCCAAGAAAACCUCUUCUAAAGGCAAGAAAAAGGAGUCCUGUUCCAAGCAUGCCCCAGGUACCUCCUUCCACCUGCCCCAGCCCAGCUUUCGAGUGGUUGACUCUUGCAGCCAGCCUGACGCCCCACCCCUCCCUGCUGCUUACUACCGCUACAUCGAGAAGCCACCAGAGGACUUGGAUGCAGACGUGGAAUAUGACAUGGAUGAGGAGGACCUGGCCUGGCUAGACAUGGUGAAUGAGAAGAGACUGGUGGAUGGCCAUGGCACUAUCUCUGCUGACACAUUUGAAUUGUUGGUAGACAGGCUAGAAAAGGAGUCUUAUUUAGAGAGUCGAAGUAGUGGGGCUCAGCAGACUCUUAUUGACGAAGAUGCUUUCUGCUGCGUCUGCAUGGACGAUGAGUGUCACAACAGCAAUGUCAUCCUCUUCUGUGACAUUUGCAACCUGGCUGUGCAUCAGGAGUGUUAUGGGGUCCCCUACAUUCCAGAGGGACAGUGGCUCUGCCGAUGCUGCUUGCAGUCCCCUUCCCGCCCUGUGGACUGUGUUCUUUGCCCCAACAAGGGUGGAGCCUUCAAGCAGACCAGUGAUGGGCACUGGGCUCAUGUGGUGUGUGCCAUCUGGAUCCCUGAGGUCUGUUUUGCUAAUACCGUGUUUUUGGAGCCUAUUGAGGGUAUUGACAAUAUCCCACCUGCUCGCUGGAAACUGACCUGCUACAUUUGUAAGCAGAAGGGCCUGGGUGCUGCUAUCCAAUGCCACAAGGUGAAUUGCUACACGGCCUUUCAUGUGACGUGUGCCCAGCGGGCUGGGUUGUUUAUGAAGAUAGAACCCAUGAGAGAAACCAGUCUAAAUGGUACCACUUUUACAGUGCGCAAAACAGCUUACUGUGAGGCCCAUUCCCCCCCAGGCACUGUGAAGAAGGAUAUCCUCCCUGUGGUCUCCAGUGAGGGUGGGGAAGAAGAUGAGGUAAAGGAGGAAGGAGAGGAAGAAGAAAGCAAGGUCAUAGUGACCAGUGCCCUGAAGAGUGCCCUAAAGAAGAACAAAAUGAAAGUAAAGCAGAAGAUCAAGAAGGAAUCAGAGGAACCAGCAAGGGAUUCACCUGCAACAGCACCCCUGGUGACCGUAACACAGAUCCCAUCCUGCAGGUUGAACAAGAUUUGUAGUGGGCUUUCCCUACAGAGGAAGAACCAAUUCAUGCAGCGACUUCAUAACUACUGGCUGCUGAAACGACAAGCAAGGAAUGGUGUUCCACUCAUCCGGCGCUUACACUCACACCUUCAGUCCCAAAGAAAUGCCGAGCAGAAGGAACAGGAUGAGAAAACCAGUGCUGUGAAGGAAGAACUCAAGUACUGGCAGAAGCUCCGCCAUGACCUGGAGCGGGCUCGACUGCUGAUUGAACUGAUCCGAAAAAGAGAGAAGCUCAAGAGGGAGCAGGUCAAGGUCCAACAGGCUGCAAUGGAGUUGGAGCUGACACCUUUCAAUGUCUUGUUGCGUACAACUCUGGAUCUUUUACAGGAGAAAGAUCCAGCCCAAAUCUUUGCUGAACCUGUCAACCUGAGUGAGGUUCCAGAUUACCUGGAAUUCAUAUCCAAGCCAAUGGAUUUUUCCACCAUGAGGCUGAAGCUGGAGUCCCAUCUGUACCACACCUUGGAGGAAUUUGAGGAGGACUUUAAUCUUAUAGUUACCAACUGUAUGAAGUACAAUGCUAAAGACACAAUUUUCCACCGAGCAGCUGUCCGCUUGAGGGACCUGGGAGGGGCUGUCCUGCGGCAUGCCCGGCGGCAGGUGGAGAGCAUCGGCUAUGACCAUGAGGUGGGAACCCACCUACCUGAGUCACCCAAAAUGGAGGACUUUUAUCGCUUCUCCUGGGAGGACGUGGACAACAUCCUCCUCCCAGAGAACCGGGCUCACCUAUCCCUGGAGGUGCAGCUGAAGGAGCUUCUGGAGAAGCUGGACCUGGUGAGCACGAUGAGAUCCAGUGGGGCUCGGACCCGCCGUGUCCGCCUGCUGCGGCGGGAGAUCAACACCCUCCGACAAAAACUGGCACAGCAACAUCCAAACAAGAUGGUGCCCAAUGGGGAGUUGCCACCAGGGCUCCGGGAGGAGGUGGACGUGGUGGAGAAGGCCCUGCAUGGAGAGGAAGAGGAGGAUGGGGAGAAAGCAGAUGAUACCAAGCUUCCUCACCCCCCGACUCUGGAGCCUACGGGGCCAGCACCUUCCCUAUCUGAGCUGGAUUCCCUCCAGGACCCUCCAACUUUGAAACCUAUCAGUGAGAGCAAAAUCCCAAUUCGACUUUCAAAAUAUGGGAAGUUGGAGGACGAGCUCUUGGACGUGCCAUCACAACGAGGGAGCCAGCCUUUCCAGCAUCUGCUGAGUGAUAAUGGUCUUAACAGACUGUCCCUCCCAGCCCUUGAGAUGUCCACUAUACCCCACCUUAGUGGUGUGGGCCGUCGUACCUCCAUUCUCUUCAAAAAGGCAAAGAAUGGGGUCAAACUUCAAAGAAGCCCUGAUGGAGCCCUUGAGAAUGGAGAGGACCACAGUCUGAUGGACCUGCCUGCCUCCCCAGCCAGCACAGAAGGAGGAGAGAGGCAAGCUCGGAAGCGACCACGGAGCAGGAGUUGCAGCGAGAGCGAUGGGGAGAAAUCCCCUCAGCAGGUGGAAGAGACAGGAGUCACCAACGGCUUUGGGAAGCACACAGAAAGUGGGUCUGAUUCAGAAUGUAGUUCUGGUCUUGGUGGUGGCCUGGCAUUUGAAACUUGCAGUGGUUUGACUCCUCCAAAACGAAGCCGUGGGAAACCAGCUCUUUCUCGAGUUCCUUUUCUGGAAGGUGUAAAUGGAGACUCGGACUACAGCAGCUCAGGCAGAAGCCUUCUGAUGCCCUUGGAAGAUAAUGCAGACCUGGAGCCCUUGGAGCUGGUGUGGGCCAAGUGCCGAGGCUACCCUUCCUACCCUGCCUUGAUUAUCGAUCCCAAGAUGCCCCGUGAGGGUCUUCUGCACAACGGUGUACCCAUUCCUGUCCCACCACUGGAUGUGCUAAAGCUAGGGGAACAGAAGCAAGUGGAGGCUGGAGAGAAACUCUUCCUUGUCCUCUUCUUUGACAACAAGCGAACCUGGCAAUGGCUUCCUCGGGACAAAGUCCUUCCCCUAGGAGUAGAAGACACUGUGGACAAAUUGAAGAUGCUGGAGGGCCGUAAGACCAGCAUUCGCAAGUCCGUGCAAGUGGCCUAUGACCGUGCCAUGAUCCACUUGAGCCGAGUUCGGGGCCACCAUCCUUUUGUCACCUCUGGCUACCUGUAAAGGAAUGGGAUGUGGCCUGCCUGCCUUUGCUUCUGAUCCUGGAGUGGGGAACCCAGCCCUCCCCAUGGUGGGACGAA